UGCUGACCCACCCGAAAGCUCCUCCAGGCACCCCCCCUCCCCAUUGCCACCCACGCCCACCCUCUGGUCCAAGGACUCGGUCUGGGCCACGUUGUUAAGCCUGUGCCGCACAGGCAGCCUGUAACUCCAGCCGCUGCUCCCACCCCCUGGCCACAGCCUGGGGAAGCCCCAGCUCUGCCCGGAUGCUCACAAUGCUGCCCAUUCAGCUCUGUCCUGGCUGCUGAGCCCAUGGGCAAAGGGGGGUGGGUACUGCUGGUGACCAGGCAAGGACUGUCCCUGGUCUUUCCCUUGUGUGGGGCCUCCAGACGGGGCUGGCAGUUCCAGUCAGCAUGGAGAGGCCCCAGAGCUUCACCCUGCUGCUGCUUAUGAUGUUCCUGAGUCCGGCUUGGAACGUAGCUGCCCAGCGAUGCCCACAAACCUGUGUCUGCGACAACUCCAGACGGCAUGUUACCUGCCAGCACCAGAACCUCACCGAGGUGCCAGACACCAUCCCUGAGCUGACCCAGAGGCUGGACCUCCAGGGUAAUAUGUUGAAGGUCAUCCCUCCAGCUGCCUUCCAGGACCUGCCGUACCUCACACAUCUGGACCUGCAGCACUGUCAGGUGGAGCAGGUGGCCGAGGGUGCCUUCCGUGGCCUGGGCCGCCUGCUCUUCCUCAACCUGGCUUCCAACCGCCUGAGCUCGCUGCCCCAGGAGGCACUGGACGGGCUGGGCUCACUGAGGCGCUUGGAGCUGGAGAGGAACAUGUUGGAGGAGCUGCGGCCGGGGACCUUCGGCGCCCUGGGCUCCUUGGCCACUCUCAAUUUGGCCCACAACGCCUUGGUCUAUCUGCCCGCUAUGGCCUUCCAGGGGCUGAUGCGCACUCGCUGGCUGCAACUGUCUCACAACGCGCUCAGUGUACUGGCCCCCGAGGCUCUGGCAGGCCUGCCCGUGCUGCGCCGGCUCAGCCUGCACCACAAUGAGCUGCAGGCCCUGCCGGGGGCCGCCCUGUCCCAGGCCCGUAGCCUGGCGCGCCUGGAGCUGGGCCACAACCCGCUCACCUACACCGGAGAGGAGGAUGGCCUGGCGCUGCCCGGCCUGCGGGAGCUCGCCCUGGAUCACGGGUCCCUGCAGGCCCUGGGCCCCCGGGCCUUCGCCCACUGCCCGCGCCUGCACACCCUUGACCUCCGCGGGAACCAGCUGACCACCCUGCCCCCGCUGCAAGUCCCGGGCCAGCUACGCCGGCUGCGGUUGCAGGGCAACCCACUGUGGUGCGCCUGCCACGCGCGGCCCCUGCUCGAGUGGCUGGUGCGCGCUCGAGUGCGCUCGGACGGCGCGUGCCGGGGACCGCGGCGCCUGCGAGGCGAGACCCUGGAUACGCUGCGGCCUUCAGACCUGCGCUGCCCGGGAGACGCGGCGGAGGACGAGGAUGAGGACCGGCCGGCCGGUCCCCGCUCCCCUCCUCGCUCCCUGCACGAAGAGGCCCGGUGGGCCACGCCCUGCCCUCCCGCCUGCGUGUGCGUCGGGGAGACCCGGCACAGCGCUUGCGACGGCCGCGGCCUGCAGGCGGUGCCCCGCGGCUUCCCCAACGACACCCAGCUCCUGGACCUGAGGCGCAACCAUUUCCCCUCGGUGCCCCGCGCGGCCUUCCCGGGCCUGCGCCACUUGGUGUCGUUGCACCUGCAGCACUGCGGCAUCGCGGAGCUGGAGCCGGGCGCUUUGGCGGGCCUGGACGGCCUGGUCUAUCUCUACCUCUCCAACAACCAGCUCUCGGGCCUGAGCGCUGCAGCCCUCGAAGGGGCCCCCAACUUAGGCUACCUGUACCUGGAGCACAACCGCUUCCUGAGGAUCCCCGGGGCUGCUCUGCGUGCCCUACCCAGGCUCUUCUCUCUCCACCUUCAGGACAACGCGGUGGACCGCCUGGCACCUGGGGAUCUGGCAGGAGCGCGGGCUUUGCGCGGCCUUUACCUGAGUGGGAAUCACAUCACCCAGGUUUCACCUGGGGCGCUAGGGCCAGCUCGGGAGCUGGAGAAGCUGCACCUUGACAGGAACCAGCUGCGACAGGUGCCUACUGGAGCCUUGGAGGGGCUGCCUGCACUCAAGGAGCUGCAGCUCUCCAGGAACCCAUUCAGGGCUCUGCACGAUGGGGCCUUUCAGCCUGUGGGGCGGUCGCUGCAACAGCUCUUCCUGAAUAGCAGUGACCUGGAGCAGAUUUCUCCCAGGGCCUUCUCAGGCCUGGGGAAAGGGCUCCAGGGCUUGUACCUGCAGCAGAACCAACUUCAGUCCCUGCCUGCCCCGAUGUGGCUCAGCGGGCUGGAGCUCAUCGACCUCAGCGGUAACCCCUUCCACUGUGACUGCCAGCUGCUCCCGCUGCACAGAUGGCUCACGGGGCUGAACCUGCGGGUGGGCGCCACCUGUGCCACCCCUCCCAGUGUCCGUGGCCAGAAGGUGAAGGCUGCAGCUUCUGUCUUUGAAGCCUGCCCAGGCUGGAUUGCCAGGAAGGCCAAGAGGACACCAACCUCCGGGGUCAGUGCCAGGAGAACUCCCAUCCACGGAUGGCAUUGAGGAACAGACGAGGUUAGCCCUUGGGCAGGAGGUCUGGGUCCCAAAGUUGCUGGGAGCCCCGGCUUUUCUUGGUCCUGACUUGUGAUUCCUGAGCUGGGCAACGACCCAUAGUCACCUUGCUUGAUGCAGUCAUGUCCCUUCUCCUCACACUUUAAGGAAGUGACUUUAUGCCUUUGGAUGCCACAACUUACUCAUCCAUUUCUGAUUGUCCUGGAUCUGUGUGGGCCCCACCCUCUUCCAUCCCCACCUCAUAGACCUGGCUCCUGUGGGUUGGAGGUGAAGUUCAGGUGUGCUGACUCUGCCUCCCAACCACCUGUCAGUCACAGGUUGCUAUAUCCCUUGAUGUGAUACUCAGGGCCUGACCUCAACUCUCAGUUGUAGCAAUGUGCCUUGAUGUAUCCAGGAAGGCUGAGCAGGCUGCUGCAGGGUGAGCCCCAAGAUGCAGGAGGCCCUGAUGAUGCAGACAUUAAGACCAAGUGCGGAGUCCACCUCCACCAUAUCGUGGAGAAGAUGGGCAGAGAGAAAGGUGCUGGGAAGGCGGGAGAAGGCCGGGCCCCUCCCCGAACUGUGUUUGCAGACUUGAGGCAAUCAAAUGGUGUUUAUAUUAGUUUCCUGAGGUUGCAUGGGACUGGACCACGAACUGGGUACAACAACAAUGUGCCUGACUGUCCUGGAGGUUUGAGGUUGGAAAUCAAAGUGUUGAUUUUCAACUGAAGCCUGGAAUAAAAAGAUCCUAUCUUGCUGCUUCUGGCCAA